CAGAACAAGACAGAAGAAUCCCUGUCAGAUUUGCUAUCAUUCAACUAAGAGACAGAAUCUGAGGUGGCAGCACCUGCAACAUCCUCAGCUCCUACCUAUUACCGUGAUUGCAGUAACAUCAAGUUAUUCUCAGGAGUCUACUCUGCGGUGAAGUUCUAAAAACUUUUGGACACCAUGGUAAAGAGAGUUGCAAUCAUUGGCGCUGGAUCCUGUGGCCUCCCUGCCAUUAAGUGUUGUCUGGAUGAGGGGCUUGAGCCCACCUGCUUUGAGCAGAAUGAUGAUAUUGGAGGACUCUGGAAAUUUCAUGAUGAAACUAUUGAGGGAAGGGCCAGCAUAUAUAAAUCCUUGACAAUUAACACAUCUAAGGAGAUGAUGACAUUUAGUGAUUUCCCCAUUCCAGAAGAUUAUCCCAACUACAUGCACAAUAGCCAAGUCAUGGAGUACUUCUGGGCUUACACCAAGCACUUUGGACUGCUGUCAUAUAUAUGCUUUAAGACCACUGUUCUCAGUGUAACAAAACAGCCAGAUUUCUCUAUCACUGGCCAAUGGAAUGUCAUCACUGAGAAUUCUGGGAAAAAGGAAUCAUCCGUCUUUGAUGCUGUUUUGGUUUGCACGGGCCAUCAUGUUGAACCUUACCUACCACUCUCAUUUUUUCCAGGUAUAACGAAAUUUAAAGGGCAAAUCUUGCAUAGCUGGAAAUACAAAGAGCCUGAAAAUUUCAGAGACAAAAGAGUGGUUAUGAUUGGCCUGGGGAACUCUGGAGCAGAUAUCACUGUGGAUCUCAGCCACACCACAAAAAAGAUUUUCCUCAGCACCAGGUCAGGAUCAUGGGUGCUGAAUCGUGUUUCAGAUAAUGGCUAUCCACUGGAUGUUACAUACUUUACUCGCUUCAGAAAUGUCAUCCGCCAUGUUACCCCCUUGUGCCUACUGAAUAGGUGGGGAGAAAACAAACUGAAUUCAAGAUUCAACCACAUAAACUAUGGCCUGAAGCCUUCCCACAGGUUCCUCAGCAAGUAUCCCAUUGUAGGUGAUGACCUUCCCAAUGGAAUCAUCUCUGGCCGAAUCAUCGUGAAACCAAAUGUGAAGGAGUUUACUGAAUCCUCUGUGAUCUUUGAAGAUGGUACCAAGGAAGAUAAUAUUGAUGCUGUCAUCUUUGCAACGGGUUACUCCUUCUCUUUCCCCUUUCUUGAUGAGUCUGUCAUCCAAAUCAAGAACAACCGCAUCUCCCUUUAUAAAUAUGUCUUCCCUCCAUUCCUGGAAAAGCCAACAUUGGCCAUAAUUGGUCUUCUCCAACCUCUGGGAGCCAUCAUGCCAAUUGCAGAGUUGCAAGCCCGAGGAGCUACCCGAGUCUUCAAGGGUUUGAUUAAACUCCCUCCUGAAGACAUUAUGAUGGCUGAUAUUAUCCAAAAGAUAAAGGAAAAUGAAAAAAGGUAUGUGCCUAGUCAACACAUCAACUUGCAAGUACAAUAUGUCGAAUACAUGGAUGAAAUUUCCAGCUUCUCUGGAGUCAAGCCCAACCUGCUGUCCCUAUUUCUCAGAGAUCCAAAAUUGGCUUGGGAAGUCUUCUUUGGUCCUUGUACACCAAUCCAAUUCCGCCUCAUGGGGCCAGGGAAAUGGGAUGGAGCCCGGGAGGCUAUCCUAUCUCAGAGAAAAAGGAUCAUCAGAGCAACAAAAACUAGGGAACCCCCCAACACCAGGGAGGAAGACCCUUUGUCUUUGGGCUUCAUGUUUUUGAAAACUCUGUGGUUCUUGGCAUUUUUCAUGGCGAUUUUUGUUUAUUUGUAAUUUGAAUGAUCUCUCCUAGAAAAAUCCCAGCCGAGAUUUCAAAUUCAUAUAUGUCCAACAUGCCUACAAUUCCUUUUCACCACCUUUUUCUCUUAGUACUUAGUACUUUUUCUCUCCCCAUCACAGAGUUAAUGCUAAAAGCAGAGGGAUGCUAACUUUCUCCAUAGUAUGUAGAUAAUCUGGGAAAGGGAAACUAAGUAUCUUCAGGUGGAUACAGUUCAGAUCUGCCAGACAAAUGUUCAUCUUCUUUGGCGGUCACUGGUCCCCAAUCCAAGAGAUUCGCAGUUAAACUGACCUUUUAGCAUUUUUAAAAGAUGCCUACUGAGCAAAAGUUCAAAGUUCUAGCUCCAGAGCAGAAUUUAAGCAUAAUAUAAACAAUUAGUUUGUGUAGAACACUGAAGCAGAUUGUGCUUAUGUAAAAACACACAUACACACACACACACACACACACACACACACCCCACAUACACAUACAUAUUGGGGGGAAAAAUCAUACUUUUCUAGAUUCAUAGAAGUGAGAACCAGUUUACUUGGUUUCUACCAUUUCAGAAACUAAUGAGGAUCAGGAAAUUAUUCUUCAUUUCUCUUUCCAAGCCUUCAGGACUCCAUUUGAGAUUCCUUUCUCUUUGCUAUGUCAAGAAUAAGGGCAGGAAGGAUAGUCCCUCACCCUAGGCUGAAAUAGUUAUGAAAAGUUGUUAAUGAUUAUAUUCAUUCCCUUUAGCUCUUCUCUCUUGCAGGCUAUAGAAUCACCAUUAUUUUAAAAACUGAUUUUCUAAAGUCUCCUUUCCAGCUGUUUGACCACCUCUAUAGUUCUCCUCCAAAGUCUUCUCAUCUUUUCUACAUCUUUCCCUUGCCACAGACUCCAAAUUCACUUUGGGACUCCAAUGUAAUUGAUUUUGGCUGAGACUGACUUUGAUUUGUUGCUGUAACUUGUAUAUCUAUGUCAGUGCUGGGACCCUUUUGAGAUAAUAUACUUAUUCUCACAAUGUUGCUAUUGCUAAAAACACUUUUGGAUUUUUUCUUUUAGAGUUGUCUUCUAAAUCCAUUUAUCAGUUACACAUGAAAACAUUUCUCACUAACAGUAGUAAUACUAUGGUGUUUUUGUUAUUGUUGCUGUGGCUGGUUUAAACCAAAACCAACAGUACUCAGCCUGAUCACAGAGUGCCAAAGUUUGGUGCAGCCUUAGUGAUUCCUUAGCCUGAUCCCAUCCUCAUGAUAGAUGAGGGUACUGAGGAACAGAAAAAUUAAAUGCUUUGCCCAGAGGCACACAAUUAGUUAGAUGAAAAGCCAGGAAUGAAACUGAUUCAAUAUUCUUUCCUCUUGACCAUUCUUCCUUCCCUCCAUCUUAGUCCAUAAACUUUCCUCCUAAAUGACUUUGAACUGUUACUUCAAGUCCAAAAUUCCCCUUCUUCCCUUUCUUCCUCAAAAAUUUUCCACCUAAGAGGCUAUCCACAUUGACCACAUGUAACCAAGUCUCUAAAAUAUAAUUCCAAAAAAAGAAGUUUUCAGACAUGGUAGCUUCAUUCAGAUAAUGGUCCAAUAUUUUGUUACAAUUGCAAAAAAAAAAAAAAAAAAAAACACAGUGCUCAUUUGUGUAGAAGUGUAUUGGCAUUCUUUAAAAAAAAAAUAAAUAAAUAGGCCAUGAUCAUUAUCUUACACUUGAAGAAUUAUUUCAUCUUACAUUUUACCUCCUACAAUAUUCAAUUCACUUUGGCGCUGAGGGAGAAACAGAGAAAGAAACAAAGACAGAGAGACAGAAAAAGAAACAGACAGAGAAACAGAAACACACAUACACACAAAUUCUAGAACUAUUUCUUAAGCACUUACUAUGAAGUCUAACAGUGGUCAAGGGGAUCAUUCUUAUGCAUCCAUAAGACUUUAAAUCUGCAUAGGGCUUUAAUCAUCUUUUAAGUUGCAUCUUAACUCAGCCCUUCCUUCAAACUAACAUAGUUACUAUCUUAAUUUCCAAAUCAAGUUUGUUAGCAUUCAGGGAUAUCAUGAUCAUUAUCAUCAACACAAUUAGCCUAACAAUUUAAAUUUGUAUAAUUUAGAAAUAAAAACACAUACACACUCAUAUCUUAAUUUCAUACUACACUGUAAACUCCUUGAAGGGAAAAUCCAUGUCCUAUUCAACUUUAUAUUUUAGCACAGUUUUCUGCAUGUAGUAGACAGUCAAUAAAUAUUUUUAAACAAAAGAAUGAAUGAAUUAAUAAUAUGUCCCAUUUCAUGAACUCUCUAUAGUGCCUUUCUGCAUAGACAUCUCUGUAAAUGUUAGCUUAGUCAAAAAGUUAACAUCUAACAUCACUCAGAAACCUUCCUACUCUUCCCUCCCUCACCCCUAUCUCAUAGGAAGAAUCAGCCUUUCUCUUUGCCAAAGCAAACCCCUCUAUACUCACAAAUGAUUUAAUUGUAUUCUGUCUUCUUCAGCAGAUUUCCUCCUCUAACAUCCCUAUUUUUUCACUAAACUUAAAUCUCUCUCAGCUAAAGUGAUUAGCUUUUUUCUUGCUGCUCACAAACAUGCCCAAGUCUCCCCCAUCAUUGGAAAAUCUUCACGUGAUCCAUCAAUUCAUCCCCAUGAACUAUUUUUCUAGCUCUCUCCUUCCUUUUAUAACUAAACUUGAGAAAGCCAUCUAUAAUUUGUACCUCCACUCCCUCUAUUCUUUUUUAAAAACUCUGCAAUCUGUCUUCUGGCCUCAUCAUUUAAUUGAAACCUUUCUCCAAAGUUACCAAUGAUCUGCCAUAUCUACUAGCUUUUUCUCAGUUGUUUAUGUGAAGAACUGUAUUUAGACUACAGCUGUUCAAAUAGGUUUCCAUUUCUGAAUAAUAAUGUAAAAAGCACAACCAAACACCAGAGGGCACUAGAUAGUCAGAUCCAAUUUACAGGACCUCAAAACAAUUCAUUGCCAAUUUUCUAGGCAUUCUCAGCUGGAUCAUUGGAAUAACCUCCCUGUCCCAAACAGCUUUCCACUCCAAGCCCUCCUCCAUUCAGCAGUAAAAAGAUUUUCUCAAAAAAUAGAUUUUUCUAAAAAGAAAAUACAUAUAUUAGACCAAAAAAUAAACAUUUAGCAUCACACAACAGAAUAGUACAUUCUAACAAAAUAUUCAGGCCACGUGUCAAAGUAUAACACCUGUACAUGUAGCAAAGAAAUAUGAAUAACAUUAAGAUAUCAGCAUAUAGACAUGGAUCAGCCUAUAUAGCAAAAGAAUAAACAUCUAAAGAAGGGAGGGAGGGAGGGAGGGAGGGAGGAAUAGACGAACAUUGUCAAACAGUGAUGAGGGUCUAGUUGAGGUUGUAGAACAUAAAUUUGAAGUAGACCUAGACAGAGCGGUUACAAAAUUUCCUCCACCUUUAUUCAGCAGCUCAUGUAUGAGCAAAGGUGGCAAAUGGUGAGAAUGAGCCAAGGUUGAGGCUUAGUAGGGCAUAAUCAAUGAAAUGAUAAAGGGACUAGAGUUUCAAGAGAGGAAAACAGUGUAGAUGUGAAAAAAUUCACCACAGAGUCAAGAUGGGAAAAGAAGAGAAAGUGGCUAGAAUAAGGGGGUCAUCCUGGGAGAAAAACUGAAGGGUCAAGGGAUUUAGAGAUAGAGGUUAAAAGAGUAGGGGAGAGGCAAAUUCAUGCUUGACGGGUUCCUCCUGGAAUUGUUGGGAAAGGUGGGGCAGGGAAGGGAGAUAGUUCUGGGUUUACCUGUUUGUAUGUUAUUAGAAAACUUCUGACUUUUGCCUGUAGCAAAUGCUUAAAUAUUUAUUACAGGAAUAUCUUAUUUUAUUGUGCUUUGCUUUACUGUUCAGGGAGUGUUUUUUUUUCUGUUUUUUUUUUUUUGUUUGUUUUUUUUAACAAAUUGAUGCUUUAUGGCAAUCCUAAGUCAAGCAUGUCUACUAACACCAUUUUUCCAACAGCAUGUGCUCAGGUUGUCUUUGUGUCACAUUUUGGAAAUUCUCACAAUAUUUCUAACGUUUUCAUUAUUAUCCAUUAUUAUUCUAUCUAUUAUGGUAACCUGUGAUUAGUAUUCUCUUAUCUUACUAUUAUAAUUGUUUUGGGACACUACAAAUGGCACCCAUAUAAGACAGCAAACCUAAUUGAUAAAUGUUGUGUGUUCUGACUACUCCACCCCCUAACCAUCCUCCCAUUUCUCUCCCCCUCCUCAGACCUUCCUUUUUCUUGAGACACAACAUUGAAAAAUUUUACAUAAACUUAGUUGAUAAAACAGCAUCAGAAUUUAAGAAGACUGACUCCAAUUUGGAAAGAAGUUCUACUGUAGAUAAAAUGCUACAGAGAAAUCUUUCAUGAAAGGAAGAGCCAAUCAAUGCAGCCGACUUAAUUGUCUUAUUCUAAGAAAUGACUAUAGGGACUCCAACUUUCAGUAACUACUACACUGAUCAGGCAUUAGCAUCAAGACAAGAUCCUACCUAUACCAACAAAAAGAUUUACAAUUCACUGAAAGCUCAAAUGAUGAUUAGUAUUUUUAGCAAGAAAAUAUUUUUAAUUAAGGUAUAUACAUUUUAGAUAUAAUUCUAUUAUUGCACACUUAAUAGACUGCAAUGUAGUGUGAACAUAACUUUUAUAUGUACUGAGAAACCAAAAAAUGCGUGUGAUUUGAGAUAUUGCCAUAUUUGCUUUUAUAUGGUAGUUUGAAAACCAAACUUGCAAUAACUCCAAAGUAUACCUGUAUAUGUUAACACCAUUCUUCUGAUUUUUAAAGGUAAAUGCCAACUUAAAAACUAAGUGUUUAAUAUUCAAAGACUUUUGGACUUGAGGACAUGGGUCAACACAAAAUAUAGGAGCUAAUAUCCUUCAGUCUUUCAAAGUUCACUGAGAGUUAGUUGUCAUUCUUUCAACAACUUUCUUUUAACCAAUUUUUGCUGUGAAAGGGGAAAGGAAACAAGCAGUUAUUUAUUACUUACUGUUUACCAGGAAUUUUAGUAAGUGAUUUACAAAUAUUGCUUUGAUUUCACAACAACCCUAUGAAGUGGACAAUAUUAUUAUCCCCAUGUUACAGUUGAGGAAGGGACAAUUAAUGGCCCAGAGGGUGGAAUUGAGCCUGGAAUCAGGAAAACCCCAUCUUUGUGAGUAUAUCUGAAUAUAACUUCAGAUACUUAUUACCUGUGUAAUCUAGACAAGUCACUUAGUUGUGUUUGCCUCAAUUUUAGUAAUUUUUCUGUUUUUCCAUUUUAAGUUUUGGGAAAUUAAAUAUAAUUAGUAAUACUCUAUAUGAUAUGAUACUCAGCAGCAUAUUACGACCUCACAAGAAUUUAGGCAAGUUCAGACAGUUUUAAACUCUAGAAAAUCUCCCACCAUAUCACAUUCAUUGAAUUUUGACUCAGCAUGGUAUCAUUUUAUUGUUAUUGUUGCUCUUGAGUAAUCAUUUCAGUCAUGUCCAACUCUUUGAAACUUCAUUUGAGGUUUUCUUGGCAGAAUUUCUGAAGUGGUUUGCCAUUUCCUUCUCCAGCUCAUUUUAUAAAUGAGGAAACUGAGGCGAACAGGUUAAGUGACUUGCCCAGGAUCACACAAGGAAUUAUCUGAGACCAGUUUUCAACUCAGGAAGUGGAGCCUCCUUGACUCCAGGCCCAGCACUCUAUUCUAGUUUACCAUCUAGCUAACUGUGGUGUCAUUUUAUAAUUUACACUAAAUCAAAAUUAGCAUUAUUUGAACUUGCAACAAAUGAUUAUUAUUGUCUUAGCUGUAUUCUGAACACAAAGAAAGUUAAGAACUCUCUUAGAAAGCAUGAACUUGGAGAUUGGUGAUGAGUUAAGGGGACAAAAGACAGUUGUUGAUUAAAUUAAGUGACCAAGACUACCAAAAAUGUAUUAAACUCCCCCCCCCACACCACCACCACCAAGAAAUGAAAGGUCCUUCUAUAGUUUACCCUCCCCUUGAAAGGCAAAUGCACCCUGGGGAUCAAAUAACCAAAUAUCUUGCCACAUAAUCUUCACUGUCCAAAUAACAUAUAUUAAUGAUGACAGGGAAUGAGUAUGUUUUCUACUUCCCCGUGAGGGAACUUGAGUCAUUUUUGCUCACUUUGCUUCAGGAGCUACAUGGAUAAUCCUUUUUAUCUCUAAAUAACAUGACUCAGAAAUUCCUUUCUUCUCUUUAACACUUUAAGGCCAGAUCAUUGAAUGAUUGAACUUGAAGUUAUUCUUUAACAACUUCCAAGACUGGUGGAGGUUACCAGGAAAUUUCUAUUUUGCUGAGGAGGAGACAUACCUACUUUCCCACUCCUCCUCCUUUCAUUUGUUCUUUGUCCUUCCCCCUUCCUCUACUAUUUCCUUAAAGAAAAAGUGAAGAGAAAAAGACAAAAAAUAUCCAAAAAUGUCUAAGCAGGCUUUUAAGCUCAGUUUUAAUUGGCACAGGAAAAAAGGAUGUCCCUCUCUACCCCAGCACUGUCUGGUCUGAAACAACUCAUUCAUUAGAGUCCAGGUCCAGGCACUGAAAAACCUUUCAUUGAGAGAAUGCAAAAGGCAGUUCUAAACCAGCCAAUUCAUCUUGAAGCAAGCUAGUCAGAGCUAAAUGGGACUUUGCCUUUUGUCUUCCACAUAUGGUUCCCUCUGAGCAGAGACUUGCUUGUGACAAGAAUGAUAGUCAAAUUCACAAAGUCGGAGUGAGAACUAUUAAAACUACAGUUUUAAAACUCCACUAUCCACCCAACUACCACAUUUGUUGAUUGUCUACCAUGUGCAAAGUACUAUGGUAGCCUCUAGAAAUACAAAUUGUAUAUAAUACGUGAUUCCUUUUCUUCAGGAAUUUGCAAUGUAAUAAGAAGAACCAAACAUACAACUAGAAAAGUACAAUGCAAACCAUGUACUAAGUUCUAUAUUAAAGUUCUCUCAUUCAGAACUGAUAA